CCGCCGGGACUCGAUCGGAGCAGGUAGAGCAUCUCUCAAGUCUCUCAAGUGUGCAGCUUCCAAACUUCUUUCAACACGUUACGGCCCAGCUUCUGCUGUCCACAGUGUCCGCGAUGAGUUACUACGUGGAUCCAGUUUCUUCCUAUCCAGCCCUUCACCCCUGUGACCGUCUGGCCGCGAUGAGGCAGAGUGGAGGUCUUGCCAUUGGCCCCCAGUUGCAUCUCCCUGCGGUGGUCCAGCCACAGCAGCAGUACUACCCCUCACAGCCCUUCUACCCUCAUGAUGUGCCCCUGCAGGAGGUGCCCAAUGGGCACGACAUGUGUCCCACGGAUCCCGAGUGUGGAGAUGUUCCCCUGCUAACCCCCGGAAGUAAAGAGAUGAUGUCCCAAGCGCUAAAGGCUACUUUUAGUGGCUUCACCAAAGAACAACAGCGACUGGGUAUCCCCAAAGACCCCAGACAAUGGACGGAAAACCAUGUAGCAGCGUGGCUCACGUGGACUGUGAACGAGUUCAGUCUGAAGAACGUCGACUUUGACAGAUUCUGCAUGAAUGGCGGCAGCCUGUGCGCCAUGGGCAAGGAGCGCUUCCUAGACUUAGCACCUGACUUUGUGGGCGACAUCCUUUGGGAACAUUUAGAAAUGCUUCAAAAAGAAGACACAAAGCAUUACCCCAACAACGGACUGACCUCCAACUUCCAGGAAUCCCGUUAUACCUCAGACUACUUUGUCAGCUAUGGCGUCGAGCAUGCCCAGUGUGUUCCCCCCUCUGAAUACUCUGAGCCCAGCUUCAUCACAGAGUCGUACCAGACGCUUCACCCCAUCAGCUCAGAGGAAUUACUGACGCUCAAGUACGAGAGCGAAUACCCUGCAGUCAUCCUACGGGACGCACCCCUCAACCCCCUGCAGGGCGACUACUUCUCCGUCAAACAAGAGGUGGUAUCCCCUGACAACAUGUGUGUGGGACGUCUUAGCAGAGGUAAACUGGGUGGCCAGGACUCUUUUGAGAGUAUUGACAGCUACGAAAGCUGUGACCGUCUGACGCAGUCCUGGAGCAGCCAGUCGUCGUUCAACAGUCUACAGCGGGUACCUUCGUACGACAGCUUUGACUCGGAGGAUUACCCCACAGCGUUGCACGGCCACAAGCCCAAGGGCACCUUUAAAGACUAUGUGAGGGAACGCUCGGACCUCAGCAAAGACAAACCCGUCAUUCCAGCAGCGGCGCUUGCAGGAUACACAGGCACGGGUCCCAUUCAGUUGUGGCAGUUUCUCCUGGAGCUGCUGACCGAUAAGUCUUGCCAGUCCUUCAUCAGCUGGACAGGCGACGGCUGGGAGUUCAAGCUCUCCGACCCGGAUGAGGUUGCUCGCAGGUGGGGAAAGCGGAAAAACAAGCCCAAGAUGAACUAUGAGAAACUGAGCCGUGGUCUGCGCUACUACUACGAUAAGAACAUCAUCCACAAGACGUCGGGGAAGCGCUACGUGUACCGCUUUGUUUGUGACUUAAAAAGCUUGCUGGGCUACACUCCCGAGGAGCUACACGCCAUGUUGGACGUAAAGCCAGACACGGACGAGUGAAAGUCGACAGAAACAUGGAAAAAGACUUUGAAGCCACACGGACUGGCACUCAUUAAGUGGUCUUAACGAACCUUUAUUUGGGGGAGGGGACAAAAACCUUUUUAAUGACUAACUGGUUUUGUCAUCUUAGCGGUCUUGGGUGAGAAAACCAAAACCAAAAGCCUGUUAUA